UAUGAAGAUGCUGCCUUGAGUCUCGGAUGACUCAUCGUGUAAACAAUCAUUGACAAAUCGUCAAACCGGUCUGAAAAUCUGGUCAUAUGGCUUGUCUUGAGUCACCAAAUGCGCUAGUUUAGUUUUGGCACUACGGCAGCGCACACCUAAGAGAUAGAGUGCUUAGACGUGGAAGGUGAGGUAGACAUCGUGACGUGAGGGGAGUGUCUGGGCGACAGAGGCGUGUCCUGCCACGGACAGAUCAAGCUGACGGUUGCCUGCCCUUAGGGACAAAGAAAUCCGCCUCGUCAUUAGUGUUCCAUGGUGAUUGUCAGCGAGCUGUGAGGACAGGAAGGAGUAGGACGCAGGACGUGGCAGUGGCGAGAGUAAAUCUUAGAGUGAUCAAGUAGUGGUACUGGACGAGAGAAGAUACAUCAUCAUGGAGGACCUGACUGCAAGCCUUGAGAAGUUGCGGGUGAACACGGGUGAACCAACGCCCGGACCCUUUGAAGAUUUGAUCAACCAGCUCCAUGAACUGGAGGACAGCACAACAGUCUGUGAAGAGUUGGUUAAAGGAGGAGUUUUGCUACUCACUGUUAAGGCCAUCCAAAGUUCUUCACCAGAAGCACAGGCCAAGGGAGCAGAACUAGUGGCUGAAUUGGCCAAGGUUGAAAAUUGUCGUUUAGGAUGUGUGACCAAUGGUUUGGUGCCGAUCUUGGUUGAGAAAAUGUCAAGCAGCAACACCAAGGUGGCUCUGCAGGCCUGUCGAGCACUGGGGAAUAUUUGCUAUGAACAUGUGUUCCUUCCAGAUGGUGGCCGUGUGAGUGUUAUGGAGUCUGGGGGAGCAAGUCAACUCCUAAGUCUCCUUCAACGUGCAGCCGGGUUACCCAACACUCCCGACGAUCACCAGCUCCGCCUAGUAGCCACGGGCUUCCUCCUCAACCUUCUCAACUCUUACGAUACAGUCCAGGAUCAGUCUAUGGAAGCUGAACUGGUAGACGUCUUGUGUCAAUAUCUCGACAAAUUUGCUGAAGAUGAAGACAUACCCACUCACGUUCUUCUCUCACUGACUUGCAUGGCAGACACAGAGGUGGGACGAGGGUUGGUAGUAUCACGGGACAUUACACCACAUCUGGUGCGCGUCCUGAGAAUAAAUGAAUCACCUGAAGUUACUGAAACAUGCCUUGAACUUGUGACAAACCUCGCUGAAACAGAAUGUGUCAAGACUCAAGUAGCUGAAGGUGGAGUGUGUGAGGCAGUGGUGGAAGUAGUGAGGCGCCACCGUAACAACCCGAGCUCCGAUCUCUCCCCGCCCAUAAUCAAGACCGCUACUGAUCUUAUUGUUCUCAUACUAGUGGGAGAUGAAAGUAUGGGAAUUGUGUAUGGCAAUGGUUCAGGCUGUGUGUACCAGGAGUUGGUGGAUUGGCUCACGUCGGACCUCGAGGAUCUACAGAUUGCCGGAGCUCUGGCUAUGGGGAACUUUGCUCGAAGUGAUGCCCAUUGUAUUCAAAUGGUGGAAAGCGGAAUAGCGGAGAAGUUACUGAAGGUCCUCUCAAGCCACAACUCGGGAGAGGGAGACAUCCGCCUGCAACAUGCUCUCCUCUCAGCUCUUCGCAAUCUGAGUAUUGCCAAGGAGAAUAAACCAGUCUUGGUAACUCAAAGUGCUCUUGAAGUUCUCCUUCCCAUGGCAACUGCAAUCGAGACUUUCCCGGUCGUGUUCAAACUUUUAGCAACUCUUCGUAUGAUCAUUGAUGGACAGACUGAUGCUGCUGUUAAGGUGGGUAGCGACAGUGAUGUGGUAAGCCGGUUAGUGGGUUGGUGCAGCACCACAGAUCACCCCGGCGUGCAGGGAGAAUCAAGUCGUCUCCUGGCGUGGAUCAUCAAGAACUGUGGCGGGGACACCUCGAUCAUCAAGUCACUUGUGUCUGCUGGUUGUGUCGCUCCACUGGUCCUCAUGCUGGGGUCAGAACAUGCUGUAAUGGUGAAUGAAGCAGCACUGGCUCUCGUGCUGGUCUUUGGAACGGCAGUCACUGACAGUGUGGUGGAGAAGACCAAGUUAGCAGAGGUGGUGACUUUUGUUGUAAAGAAUCCCUACCUGCCGCCUGAGAUCCUAGCCAACGUGUUGUCGAUGAUGACGGCAUUGUCGGCUAAUGCAACUGCCUUGGAGUCCAUCAAAACUGAUGAUCUGCGGACAGCUGUCAAGGAACUUUCAAGUCACGCCAACGAGCAGGUUAAGAAUCUAGCCGUGGCACUCACAGAAAAGCUGUAAUCCAAGGAACGUAUCACUACACUUUUCUAUAGCUCUUGGUGUAUCAUUCUCAUCCUGAGGAGCAAAAAUAUGUUGCGAAACAGAAGGGACUUUGUCAUUAAUGUAGAGAUUCGUUCUGCCUGCCUUAUAUUGAUACAGGUAUAGAUGCUGCUGGUAUGAACCACACAGAGUUGUUUAUAAAGUUAUCCAGGAGCUGGUUUAGUAGAAUCUUAAUUAUCUUAGAUUGUUGAACUGUUGGAUGUUCUGUGUAGUUUAUUUGUAAGUCAAUUAUGAAGUUUUUUGAAUGUAAACACAAACACACAGUUUCAUGUUGAUGAUAAUGAAAUUUAUGGUAAACAAUAUCCUUUGUAAUUAAGGAUCUUGAUCACAGGGUUAAAAGAUAAUCAAGAUUUAUAUGUACCUUUGCACUGGUAGCUGCAGUUUUUAGGGUUAGGCAGUAACAGAGACAGAAUGAAUGCUUAAUUAAUCAUGGAAAUUACUGCAGAUUACUGGAAUUCAAUUUUAAAUCAGGAUAGUCAGUGAUUGUGAGGAUAAUUUCAUGAUCUUGAAUGUGAUAUAUUUUAUAAUGCAGCUUGUUACUUACAAUUUUUAUUGCCUUGUUUUUGGACACAACUUCAAGUAAUCAAAAUACUCACAUUACAUUUUUGUAUUGUAAUAAUAUUUGGAUUUUGCCAUUAUUAGCUGAUGCAAAAUACAUUAUAUAUGCAAAAUAAGUUGUAUUUGCCAGGUUGUCAUGUGGACGUUCAUGUUUUGGAUUUUUUUUAAUGAAUUACGUAAAAUUGUAUUGUAAUGGACAAUUGCAGUUGUGAUAUCUUAGCUUUAUGAUACGGAAUGUAAAAUAAGCUUUAAAAUUAUAGAGAUAAAGCUUAGAGCACCAAGCAGUUGAAUUCAAAAUGUUUUCCUGGUGAAUCCUGGGGUCAGUUUAUGUUGAUUAAGUUACCGUAGAGGUGCAAAAGCUGAUUGAAAAGCCGAGUUUCAUAUAAGGAUCACAUUGGGAUUGGAGUAUACGCUAUGUGACUAUGGCUCUAAAUCUUCUAUGUAGAUUUAUGUUCUAAGGAAAGAAAAGGAUUAUGAAAAAGUAAAAUACAGUGUGUUCGUCGUUGGUGGAAUACGUAUACUGUAUAACUUCAUUCAUGUGUAUCGUUUAUAUGGGCUGGGCUCUUUACAUUGCAAUUCCCAUUUGAGAUCAGUCAUAAUAUUUUCUAACUAAACAGUAUUUUGGGGAAAAUAAUUCACCAGCGAUAAAAAAAUUUCUUGAAUCUUUGGUAUAAUUGUGAUAAGACGUGAAUUUUUUUUCUAAUGAGUCUCAUUUAAUCUAGUGUGUCAUCCAUUGGGGCAUAAGUGUCAAUAAUCCAUACUGGGUCAGUAAGACAUAUUCCUUAUUUGAAUAAUUAUAACAUGUUGUUACUGUAAGGAGAAUCAGUGAUGAUGGUGAGAUGAAGCCAGCAUAAUAUAAUUGCAGAAUAUCGAGUACUACGGACCAACGUUUACAGACCUCGUGUCUGUAUUAAUAACCUAAACCUUAAAAGCUGAAUGGAUGGACCUUAUAAUUGUUGUGAAGUACAGUAAGUAGUUCAGGAAUUAAAUGUGUUCGGUUACAGUUAAACAAAUGUAGAUAUUACUCAGUGUCUUUGACUAUUACACGUGAGUUGCAGUGAUAUUUAGACACCCCAAGAUAUGAAUUAAUACAAUGCGUCACUGAGUAUCAUCUAGGAGCAACAUAUUACAUACAGUACUUUAGUGAAAUAAAGGAUCAUUUAUGGUGAAUCAGAGAGGGAUCUUUACUCUUUUUACUCGAACCAAAUCACAUUCACCAUAAAGGAUUCUUAAACCUCAAGUUAUUCAGGAUGUAUCAAUUGAUUAUUAUUAUUAUUACAAACAAGUGCUUCUCCCCAUGUAAGUCAUCAAGGUCACGGUCGUGGGAGUCUUUGUAGAUGGUGGACAUGCGUAACUUAGACCUAUGAUAUUAUGCAUUCAUUAUUGUUUUUCCUGGGUAAAGAAAUAAAUCUGUUUUAUAUUACAUUUAUAGAAUUUAGCUGAAAGCAAAAUUUUUGAGAGCGUCUUUGUAGGUUGGUGUCCGGGAUUGCUCCUCUGUCUCUGUAGGUAUUGUAUUAAAUUUUGUUCUGUAAGCUUCGUGAAAUUGAGACUAAUUUACAUACAGUAUGUGUAAUAACUUGUUACCUUGAUGAGUUCAGUGAUGUGGUGACUAUUUUAAGAAAGGUGGAUAGGAAGUUAGUGUGGUGAGUCAAGUUUAUCUGGAUCUGUUACAGUAGUAGAAGUGAAAAUUGCAAACCCUUAGUCCAGGUGUAGGAAAAUGUAUGUCUUGUGUAUCUUUUUUAUUUUUAUUUUUUUUUAUAUGGAAAGCUCAUACGUAAAGUACAUGUAGUAGUUAUGAGGAUUGAACGGAGCAAAUGUUGUAAGCCAAGCCAUUAUUAUAGCUUGAAAACUAGGAAGAUUGUAUGUCUAAACUUUUAUUUUGUAAAGAUAUCCCAAGAUGAUUUACUGUGCUGUCUUCCUUAUUCACCAAGUAACCGUACAUCAGGGCUGUAUUGAUAUUACAGUACUUUUAGAUAUUUCUUGUGACAGCCUGAGAUAAGGACCAUUUUUUUACUUCAAUCAUUCUUAAAGAUAUGAUUAUGAAUUGUGGAUAUAUAAAAGUUUUUUAUAUGGGCAUUAAAAUGUUUUGUUUCUUAUUAUGGGGAUCUAGUCAAGAAUCAAAUGUUUUUAUAUUACUUAGAAACACAAUUGAUUAAGGUUGAUGUUCUGAAUUAUAACAUAGGCCAGUGGGUUUCAUCAAUUGUAUGUUAUAGUCAUCUUGGGUGUAUGAUUAUAAUGAAAAUUUAGGGAAAGAAUCUUUUAAAAAAAAUCUGUCAUUACGAGAGUGUUAUCCGCAACGGUCGUGUGUACUUGGUGAGGUCGUGUCUAAAGAAGGUUGCCUUGAUCAGUCAGUUCAAAAGACAUGUACACUCACCUGACAUAAACGUAACUAUACUUUAUGAACUGAAUGGAAUUGGUACCAGUAAUAGAACACUUUCUAUCACUGCCGAGUUUAAAGACCGCUUCUCUGAUACAAUAGUGAUGUUUGCAUUUGUUUAACCGUGAAGUAAGUUUGUUUUCUAUGUCUCAUCUAUUGUAACUUUCAACAGUAGCCAUAUGUUUUAAAGCCAUAUGAAAGAGGAAUGUUUUGACCACUCCUUCAGCCCCAGUAGGUUCCAAGUUUAAUGUAGCUUUAGGCUGCAAAUUCUGAAAUCUGAUACAGAAUACAGUACUGUAUAUUCAACUAUUAAAGGAAAUUCAUUUUUCCUUUACAUUUCAGAGUUUCAUGUCAGUUAUUAAAACAGGGUUCAUUUAAUUAAGGAGCUACAGUAAUGAAUAUAAAUAGUACAGCAUAGGCAAUAUACAAUGAUUUUCAUACUGUUCAGGUAAUUCAGUAAUUUUAAUACAUGUAACUGAGUGGGACCAAUGUUGAAAAAAAAAAAAUCACUUCUAGAAUUGCUUCACAUGCAGCAGACCCCACCAGACAAUACAGUACAGUAUAGCCUCCUAGUGCAUGACACACAGUUUAUAAUGCCUUCAAGUGACUUAGUUUAACAGUUCAAUAGCAUAUAUAUGUGUGUGUCUGCUACUGUAUUCAGAUUUGUAUGUUAUUUUGUCAAAGGAAUAGAAAAUCAAAAUUUUGCUUGUGUUGUGACUGUCACCAUUUAGUUAUGAGGGUUUCAUAUAAAUUUGAUUUAUGUCUUUACAUCCACAAAAUCCAAAAGACGACAGACAUUUUGUGUUCCAGACCUCGUCCUUGGCUCCAGGUGGACUUGUUCCUAAUAUGGAUGACCCAACAUAUUUAGUUGAAAUGUAGAGUAAAGAAAAAUACUUAUAUAUAUAGAGUAGAUGUAGUGGGCGUUUCUCUUCUGUUCUUUUGGGUAUACAGUUUAAAACAUUGCAAUACUGUAUAUGCUUUUCAAAGUGCAAUUAAUCAAACAUGUACUUUUGAUUUAUAUAUCAAAUGCACAUAAAUAUACAUUUACACAAAGGCUUUUCCACACAAACAUUGGCACAUAUGUAGUCAUAAACAUCCAUAAAUCUAUACCAAACAUGUAUAUGUAUGUGCACAUGCAUAUAUCAUGUGAUUAUGCAUACUCAAUCACAGAAAGACAUUCAUGGGUUCAGGGUAAUUUUAUGGGUUUCUGAGGGAUAGUUUUAUGAUUACAUGGCGUCUCAUUUUCACUUAUCCGAUCAACAUCUUCAUUUUAUAAGAGUUUUAACAUUGCAAGACUGGCUUGUAACUAUGGAGCUAUGAGUCUCAUGCGCUAAAUACAUAAAUCUAAAAUUUUCCAUAAAAAUGUUGAGCAUGAAGUGAUAAUUACUAACAGGUUAAUGCUUUAACAUUUCAGACAGUGCUAUUCUAGUGAAGAAGAUGAAUUGUAGCAUAGAUUAACAGAUUAUAUGAGCAUUGCUUUUGCAUUUCAUAUGCUUUGGUAUGUGGACACACACAUUGACUAUAUUUUUAGGAAAUAUUUUGCAUGUGCAUCUUCAGCUUUUAAGUUAAGAGAACUCACAUACUGUAAUUAUUUGCCUACUUGAGGGAGAUCAGACUGAAUUAUGACUACUGUACUCCCAGAACAAGUGUGUCUUGUGUCAAAGAAUAACAAUGAUGGAUUAUAAUAAGGAUCAUGUAACAAACCAAAUAUUUUUUAAUUGAUUUCGAGAUUUCCCCUUAAUACACAUCUGUAUGCCCCGUUUUCAUGUUUUAGAAGUCUAUACAUAAUUUAAUCUGGUAGUUGUCACAAUUAGUUUCACUUUUAUGUUUAUAUUCUUUUCUUACAAUUGCUCAAUAUUUGAUGAAAUAUAUAUAGUAGUGUAUUAUGUUUUAAAGUUUCUGAAAAUAACGAAAUUCCCUUUAAAUUAUUAGAUUGGUGUGGCCUCUCCUGGGGUGUACAGUAUUGUCUUAGUAAUGAAUCAUAUGUUUAAGAAACUUAUAAAGUACUGUAUGUGUGGGAUUAUUCCAGAGUAAAUUAUCUUAAAUCUUUUAUUAUAAUUUUUUAUAUCUACUGUGCAGGAAGAUCAUCUUUGGUAAGAAGAAUUUGGUCAGAUGCUAUAACCAAAGUCUUCAUGUUUGUGAUAUUUACGUGACCAAGAUGUUUGUGAUCAAACUUAGAAGUCAUCUAAUAAGCAGAUUACAUGCAAUUUAUAUAUAGUCUUAAUUAAGAUGUAUGAUCAUUAUGAGGUAGGUGGUGUUGCUAACAUGACAGUUUGGGCAUGUACCGUAAAGGUAAUUGAUUUAAAUUACUUUUAAAUUACUUCUCGCUCUCUUAUGGUAACCUGUUGAUGAUUAAAGAAUUUGUUAUUUAUGUCAUGAAGACAACUGGAGUAACGGCACAUUUCAGUUAUUUUGGGUUGUAAAACUUAUUUUAAGCCAACUCCUUAGAAUCUCUCAAAGACGAGGAAUGUCAUUUUGUAACUUGGUUCUUGCCAACUUUCGUAUUCUUUAUUUUAUAGCGUCAUAAUCCUGUAACUUAAUGAAAUUAUACUUAAAAUCAUAAUUGUAUUGAUGCCCUAUUAUUCAUAUGGAAGCUAUUUAAAUUACUGGACUGUACUUGAUUUAGCUUAGGACUGGAUGAUAAAAGGUGAAGGAGCUUUAACUGUUUACAAACAAGAUGGGUUAUCAGGAAGUGUGUUUAAUUUUUUUUGUCUUGGGACCAAGAUAAAUUUACGGAUGGCUCAGCUAUUACUGAGGUUAUGUAUGGCUUUAGUGUAAUUCCCUUGUACUUUUGAUAUUGACUAAUUUGGUUUUAUUCAGCAGCUACUAGGCUCUUGAGUGCCACAUGAUAAAGGAAUUGUUGAUAUAUGCUUACAGUUGUAUUUUCUGUUGGUAAAUUUAAUUGCAAAUUUUUUUCUUUUUUUUUUUAGGGUAGUUUUUAUUUCUGUAAACUGUUCAUUGAGCAUCAUAAAUAUUCUAUUAUAUGUUAACUAUCUGUAGCAACUAAUUUUUAAACAGUACAAAAACUGUGUUCUGAAGCAAUGAAUUUAAGAAUUAUGUUGUGACUGUCAGUGGUUUGUGUUGAUGUAAUUUUGUCUAGGGUUAGUGAAGUGACUGCAGUAAUUAGUACAGUAUAAUUAGGGUGCAGCCACACUGGUAUACAUUUCGUCGCCAACAUGUGGACGACAAGACGAAAUUGGCCACAAGGUUCCGACUGGUAGGGUGCCGCUGCAUGCACUUACAGGCGUUCUUCUCGUUGGAGACAGAUUAUGGUGUUCAUAAUACACAGCACUUUUUACAUAAUUCAUGCAUUAUAUACUUUCUACUAUGUACUUACGUAACCUGUUCUUUGAUAUAACUUCUGCCUAUUGUGACAGAUUAUAUUGUGUUUUUUUUUUACAAUCAAAAUAAUUGCAGGAAUAAACCAAAGCUCCCAAUCAGCUCUACUAAAGUACAUUCGUCUCUUUCCAUGAACCAUGAACCCCCGAGAUUCAGAUUCAUGAAUCCUAAGCAUUUACGGACUGAAUAAUGUAUCGGUCUAUUGCUUUGGGUUCACAAAUCUGAAUCUUGGGGGGUUCGUGGUUCAGGGGGAGAGGUGAACGGACUCUAGUAAUUGACUGUAUCUGCUUAACACUGAAUGAUUUGUUGGAGUUCUAUACUUGUCAAUUUUAAUACACUUACCGACCAAACUCCAACAGAUGCACCAAACCUUAUGGAGAAAGUAUAGGAGAAAUAAAGUUUUUAUGAAUUCAGUACUGUACAUAAUAUACAGUGAAUCCUCCAUGUAAUGGACUUAUCUCUCCAUAUAAUCUAUUUGACAGGGGUUCCACAUUUAAAGGACCCUUGUUAUAACAGACUUUCAUAGAUGUACAGCUACUGGUAGUUCGUUUCAUAUCUAACGGACCCUCGAUAUAAUGGAUUUUCAUCUCCAUAUACUGUACUGUAGUCUGUCAAGUAGAGGUUUCUCUGUAUAUAUGAUGGAUUAAGCAGCAGAAUACCUGGAGCUGUACAUAAUUUAGCCCUAGAUAUUGUUGUAAAAUUUUCAGUGGGGCCGUCGUACCGAGAAUUAAUUUUUAGCUCGUCCAGUUUCUAGGUUGGUAGUGUCACCAUUCUGGCAUUGUUGUUGUUGUUGUCAUGUAUGUUUUUGCAUUUAGCUCAGUAGCCUUACACACAAGCAAGCACAUGCAUCUGUCAGCAGUGCUUGUUAAACUAUACUGUAUAAUAAUAAUAAUAAUGGCCUGGGUUCUUAUGAGUAUACCUGAGGAGAUAUACUUAAUGAUUGAGUUUAUUGUCAACCUUCUGGAUGCUGUUAGUUCCAUUUGGGUGUUGGGAUGAAUGACAUUAUGAGAUAUGAUUAGUUUGUUUUAGUUUUCUGAUUAACAUCUUCAGUAAUUAAUUAUAUAUUUUAUUGUAUAAUGUAGGUUUUGAUUUAAUUACAGAGGAUGAAAAAUUUACCUCAUCUCAUCAGCGUGUCAUGUGUUAGGAUGAAAAAACUAAUGAUCUCUGGCACAUUUAAAACACUUGUGACCUAAAACAAUCUUCUCCUUAUUGCUUAGGAAAAGGGAAAACAAAAUAUUAAGGGUUAAAAAUAAUUUCAAGUUGCAAGAAAAUAUACAGUAUAGUUCUACCUCUUCAUUAUUCUAAGCUGAAAGAAAAAGCAGAUCGUUCUCUUAGUGCAUUUAUACAUAUUGAAUUUGACCAAGAUGAAGCACAAUGAUUUUCAUUUCCAUUUCUGCUCUUUCCAUGAUAUUAAUCUCUAGUUUGUCAAAUUGACAUUCCUUGUCCUGUAUCUAGCUUCAGGUAUAUAUUUUGAAUUAUCUUUGUGAGUCAGUGCUUCAUUCGAUGAUUUUUGCCUGAUUAGGGUUCAGUUUUAGGGCGGGGUGAUGAGGCGACUAUUUUUUAAGUGGUACAGUAUACUUUACGAAGAUGUAAGUUGAUGGGAGCCAUUUUCUCCUCAUAAUAUUCCUAGUUAUGUUGUAAUUUGGUGUUCAGAAUAAGUUUUAGAAAGAGGUUUAAGUUUUUGGUGGUUCAGUUCUGCCAUGACAUCACCAAAAAGGUUUGUUUUAGAAUUAUGAAAAAAAAUAUACAUAUCCAUAAAGAUUAAAAUAGUUGAGAAAGUCUAUAUAUACAGUACUGUACAGUAUAUUAUAUAUGAAGAGUCUGUGAUGAUGGAAUUAAUUAAUAUAUACAGUAGCAGCAUUAAUGUUGAUGUGACACUGUUCAUUGGCAAUACUGUGAUAGAUCUCCCCAGUUAACUUACAAACUUUGCAACCUUCUGUAUCUCUGCAGUUACAAAUUUUUGUCACCUUAUUGAGAAGUUCAUGUCUUAUGGUAUUUACUACAGUACUACAAUAUAAUACUGUACAAAACUGUGAUUUGACAUUGAAGAUUAGGUAACCCAGCUUAUUGCUUCUGAAUAUUAAGCAACAUAACACUAACUUAACCUAUGCCCUCCUCCCCCCCUUCAGUAGCUUCAGGGUGCUUAAUCUGUAAGUGAUCAAUAUUUUGUUUAAAUGAUACUUUGAAAAGAUUUCAGGUGAUGCUAAGAACAGUAUUCCCAUAGCACCAUUUUCUUUAUUAUAUUAACCUAUUAAAUUACACUGCUGUACUGUACAUUACUUCUACUAAGGAACUUUUAAGCUGAAGACAACAUAUAUUAGGAUACAAUACUUAUUCCAUAAUCUGAACUCAAAAAGGGUUUUGCUUGGGUGUUAAAUGAUUCGAGUUAAUUAAUCAUUGGUUAUCUACUUUUUUUAAUAAUUGUAAUAAAUACAAAUAUUUGUAGAAUACAGAUUGACCUCACUCAUAGUGAUCCAAAGGCAUUUCUAGUAAAGAUUUCCCAUGAGGAAGGUUCCGCUUAAUGACCAAUGGGACCCAUUUUCUCAUAGGUUCACAUGUUAAAAGCUGUGUUACAGCCUGAAAAUUUUCAACCCAAAAUCCCCAUGUUAUAAAGUUAGAUAUGCUCCAGCCUAAAGAAUUUUUACCUUAAAACGUAAUCAAACAAGAUAAAACAUUAUUUUACUACAGUAUUUCACUUACUGUACUGAAGAUGGAUGUUGCUUGUGUUGGCCGAGCAUUGUUGGAUGAAGGUGUAGAUGGUUAGUGGAUGGAGGAACAGAGGCAUCUUCCUAAACAAUGCUGCACCUAAGUGUGCUAGUACUGUCAUAGGUGGGUAAUGAUUUUUAAAUUACAAAUUUUAAUUUGUCAUGGUUACGUACUUUAGUGUGCUUUUUUUCAAUAGAUAACACAGAUGGUCAAGGGUUGGGUGUAAAUGGGACUGCCCAGUAGACCCACUGCAGUUUCCUCCAUUCUUAUGUUCUUAUGUAAAUAUAAAACGAAAUACUGUGCAGUACAGUACAGUACAGUAUAAGAAUUCUGUGAAGUUAAUAAACAUCAAUUUCCAUUUUGUACAGGAGUUUAGUUCGCUCACACUUGUAACAGUACAGUAGUGUGAAAGGUUAUUCUGUAGGAAAGGACAAAAUUGCCUUUGUGAAAUCCAAUGGUUAAUGAAUAAUGGGUCUUCAGACUUCUUUCUUCUUGUAAUGUAUAGUACAGUACAGUAUACCCUAAAUUAUGAGUGUCAAAUUAACAAGUUACACAGAAUGAUAGGUGUUUGUGUAGUGACUGCAUUAUGAAAUAUGCCGUGUUUGGUACUGAUCAAGGAUCUAUUUCAGGUUAUUAUCAUUGACUGGGUUACUUAACAGUUUUUGUGUCAUGUAACAGGUUGUCCUAUAAUUCAUUUUUACUCAUGAAAUAUUUAAUGCUUCUGCUGUAAAUCAUAUGUACAGUACGGUACUUAAUUUUAUAUAUAAAAAAGAAAUUGUAGAAUGCUGAAUUCCUGUGCACUUGUUUAUUUUCAGUGCAAAAUACUAUAGAUUCCUGCCUUUGCUCUGCUUGCUUUUGGUACUCUUAUUAUAUUCUUGUGCUUGAACAUUUUAAGACAAUGGUUGCAACAAAAUUCAUAUGUUGCAAUACAUUGAUUAGUAGAUUCAUAAUGGUGCAAUGUUACCCAAGUUGAGUUUGUGACCCAGAUCAAAAUUUACCCCAGUGUUAUGUUGUGAAAUUGUGAAUUGCAUUUGCAUCAUUGGCCAGUGUCUUGUCCCAAAAGUGAGUUAAGUUUGUUGCUUCAUCAUGAUUUACAUGUGAGUAAAAUCAAGUGAGGAGCUCAAGUGGUGUUGCAGUAAUUGACUGGAUAUGUUGGGUCAUGUCUGUUGUUAAAUUUAUAUUCUACUUGAGAGUAUUAUUGAAGUUUUCACUGCAAUUAAAAAAGUUGAUGGAACAUAUUCCAUUUAUAGAAUAUCUGACAAAUAAAUUGAUUUUGAAAUUUUAAA